AUGGUUUGUUCCAUUUCAGUCGACGAGGUAGCGACCCUAGUGGCCGCGGCUCAAAACGCACGUGAGCUCUCAUACAGCCCAUACUCCAGGUUUCGUGUGGGAUGCGCCAUUCUCACGUCUUCCAACAAAAUCAUAAAGGGCGCCAAUGUCGAAAACGCCUCCUAUGGGGCAGCCAUCUGCGCAGAACGAACGGCAAUCGCCAGGGCCGUGAUGGAAGGCCACACGGCGUUCCGAGCGCUUGCCAUUUCGAGCGACCAAAAGGACCCCAUCAGCCCCUGUGGCAUCUGCCGGCAAUCGAUCCGUGAAUUCGGCACCGACAUCCCCGUUUUCAUGGCUUCCUCGGACGGCAAGCACGUGGUGGAGAAAACGUUGGCCGAGCUCUUACCCAUGAGCUUUGGCCCCGAAAACUUAGGCGCCAAGUAG